AUGAAUGAAAAAAGAAUUCGUGUAAAUGUAGGUGGAAUAGUCUAUGAAACAACUAAAGAGACUUUAGUAAGUAGUUAUGGAGGUGCUAGCUACUUUUCAAUUUGCCUCUCAGAAAAUAAUAAAGAAGAGAUUUUUGUAGAUAGGAAUGGGCAGCUUUUCCAAUAUAUACUAGACUAUCUACGUACUGGUUCUAUAGUAUCAAUACCUGAAAAGAUACAUAUUUUGAGAGGCUUAAUAUUGGAAGCAGAUUUUUAUCUACUUGAACCACUAUCUAAUGCUUUAACCAGAAAACUCGAACAAAUCAUCAUUGAAAGAAAUAUAGGAAAUUUUCCCACAAGUAACUUGCUAUUUAGUAAAAAAGAAGAGCCUGAAUUAAUAAGUGAUCAACUGUUUCAUGACCAAACAAAUAAUUCGUUUGAUAGUAAAAAUCCAAAUCAGCUCUGUAAAAAGUGUUCGCACUAUUAUUUGAAGACACAUGAAAAUAGUACAAAUCAAAUGCCAAUAUUUUCUUUAAAUGAAGACUUCUGA